CCCAACCAUGAGUGCAGAAACCUCAAUGGAUAGCAAUAACAAUCCACUCAACCUCAAUGAAAUCUGCGAGACCCUCAUUGAACUAGCCUUCAAAGCUGGAGCAAUCAUCACUGGGGCUUUGCCGGGUACAGACACUACAGGGUCCAAGAAAAACAGCGCAGAUCUUGUGACCGAAUAUGACCGUGCAGUCGAGGAGAUGAUACGUAUCGCACUGCAGGAAAAGUACCCGGAUUUCAAGUUCUAUGGGGAAGAAACGUAUGAUCCGGCGCAUCCAUUGACAGAUGCGCCCACGUUUGUCAUUGACCCUAUUGAUGGCACAGUCAACUUUGUGCAUGGGUUUCCGCAUGCUUGUGUUUCGCUCGGAUUUGCAGUCAACCGUGUACCGACGGUAGGCGUGGUUUUUAACCCGUUUACCGAAACUCUCUAUUCGGGUAUUCGUGGCCAAGGUGCAUUCUUGAAUCGCAGCACUCGGCUUCCACUCAAGGGAGCCAAUCUUGAACCCUUAACUGGGCUGCAAAAUGCUCUCAUUAGUGUCGAAUGGGGGUCAGAACGAUCAGGAAAGAAUUGGGAAACAAAGAUAAGGACUUUCGAAAGAAUUGGACGAGAUAGAAAGGAUGGUGGCGUGAUGGUUCGGGCCCUGCGCAGCAUAGGAUCUGCGGCCCUAAAUCUCUGUGCUGUUGCUGCUGGGACUCUUGAUCUGUAUUGGGAGGGUGGCCCUUGGGCUUGGGACGUCUGCGCCGGUUGGGUUAUCCUCGAGGAAGCUGGCGGGAUCAUCGUGGACGGAAACCCAGGAGAUUGGGAAGCCAGGAUUGAUGGAAGAAAGUAUCUCGCGGUGAGGGCAGCACCCAACAAGGAUGGCCAGAAAGAACUCAUUGAGGAAUUCUGGGAUUCCAUUCAGGGCCGACUUGAGUACUGAUUUAAACACAUGCUUUGGUUUUCGUACUGUUUCUUGAACGAACAGCGACUUGGAAAUUUAGGGUAUAUAGCCAACGACUAUCUAUUCUACAAUUGCCCCAGUAUACAAAAGCUCCUGGGCCGUAUAUUCUCCUGGAAUAUUCCACCACC